AUGGCCCCAACUGUUGAGCGCAAGAAGAUUGACCUGGCUCCACUGAAGGCUGCCAACGUCCCAAUCUUCUUCAUCGUUGGAGGACCAGGAUCCGGAAAGGGAACUCAAUGCGACAAGAUUGUUGCCAAGUACGGGCUCACUCAUUUGUCUUCCGGAGAUCUUCUCCGUGAUGAAGUAAAGUCGGGCUCUCCACGUGGAGCUCAGCUCACAGCUAUUAUGGAGUCCGGAGCUCUAGUGCCAUUAGAAGUAGUUCUCGAUCUGGUCAAGGAGGCCAUGCUCAUUGCUAUUGAGAAGGGAAGCAAGGGAUUCCUGAUCGACGGAUACCCAAGAGAAGUUGCUCAAGGACAGCAGUUCGAGUCCGAGAUCCAAGAGGCCAAAUUGGUGUUGUUCUUCGAUGUUGCCGAGGAGACUCUCGUGAAAAGACUCUUAGGUCGCGCUGAAACCAGUGGGAGAGCCGACGACAACAUUGACACCAUCAAGAAGCGUCUUCACACCUUUGUCACAUCUACCGCUCCAGUCGUUGACUACUAUGAGUCCAAGGGAAAACUUGUUAGAAUCAACGCCGAAGGAUCCGUCGACGACAUCUUCGGAGUCGUCGUCGCCAACCUUGACAAGGUCACAUCCAAGAUCUGA